GCAAACACAUAUAAAUUUGCAUGUCAUUGCACUCUCCACAACACAUAUCAAGAAUCAUCAAACAUUCUCUUGUGGAAUCUCAUAUAGCGUCGUGGUUUUAAGAUUCUUUUUGUAAGCAAAAUGAAGCCUGGUGCUCUUGAGUUUCGAGGUUCCACUUCUACUCCAAAAAAUGGAGUGAACAGAGGGGUGUCAGUACUUGAUUUCGUGCUCAGACUUGUUGGAAUCAUUGCUACUCUGGCAAGUGCGAUUACCAUGGCAACAACUUAUGAGACACUCCCCUUUGCCACACGAUUCAUUCGGUUUAGGGCCGAAUAUAAUGAUCUCCCAUCACUUACGUUUUUCGUGGCAGCGAAUUCUGUGGUCUGUGCCUAUCUUUUUCUUUCACUUGCAUUGUCCAUCCUGCAUAUUGUGAGAAGCGGUGCACGAGGCAGCAGGAUAAUUUUGGUGCUCUUUGACACGGUUAUGCUAGGCCUUUUGACGGGUGGAGCUUCUGCUGCAGCAGCUAUUGUAUAUUUAGCACACAAGGGAAAUUCCAGGGCAAAUUGGCUAGCCAUCUGCCGCCAAUUCAACUCCUUUUGUGAGCGCGUAUCUGGGUCACUGAUAGGAUCAUUUGUCGGAAUUUCAGUCUUUGUAUUGCUGAUAAUACUGUCUGCUGUGGCCCUUCCACGACGCAGUUCUCAUCACUAACUCACCUUAUUUCAUUCAGUAUCUUUGCACUUAUUUGAGCUGCUUUUCCCUGUGUAAGUUUUUUUCAUGAUUUUAAAAAAUCUUUCUGCUGUGCUUGGACUGAGGUACCCUGGAUUCUGGUUUUUCUAUGGUUGUAAAAGGGUCCAAAAACGUGUGCUUUCUAAUGUUUGGUAUUUGUUUGAAUAGUGAAAGUCGAUUAUUUUUUGUUUUUUACUAAAGCAA